GGCUUUUUCUUCUCCGGGCAGCAGGGUACGCUGCAACCAGAAGGUAUAGGUUUGGGUUUGCAACCCUUUGGAGGUUUACAACCCGGAGGUGGUGGACAACCAGGAGGUUUCGGACAACAACCAGGAGGUGGAGGACAACCAGGAGGUUUCGGACAACAACCAGGAGGCGGUGGACAACCAGGAGGUUUCGGACAACAACCAGGAGGUGGUGGACAACCAGGAGGUUUUGGACAACAACCAGGAGAUGGUGGACAACAACGUGGCGGUGUACAACAACCUGGAGGUGAUGGACAACAACCUGGAGGUGAUGGACAACAACCAGGAGGUGGUGGACAACAACCAGGAGGUGGUGGACAUUUGGGUUUACUGGGCUUUUUUUGUUUACCACCGCUGAAUGGACAUUCUGGAUUACAACAAGCACCA